AUGCAUUGUAUAAAAUAUUUAGCUAUCUUUGCCAUCUUCGCCAUUCAAUUCAGUUUACAAGAUGUUUCUUCUGAAGAAAGUUCAAGUCAAGUUGCAGUAACAUCACAUGAAGGAAACAAUUUGCCUGAAGAACAAGAAGUCGUUCAAACAAAAAAAAGUCUUCUUGGUAAUUUUAAAAAUAAGCUUAGUGAAAAAACAAAAGGAUUGAAAUCAAGACUUAAUCAAGCUAAAGACAAAGUAAAAUCAGGAUUAGAAAAAGUCAAGAAUGAAGUAAAUGAAAAGUUUAAAAGCAAUUCUAAAUUUCAAAAAGGUAUAGAAUUGAAAGACAAAGUUAAAAACAAGGUUAGCGAUUUAAGAAAUAAUUUUAAAAAGAAACUUCCUAAAAUUUUUUAA